UGGAAAAAGUGGAGGAGGAGUCUCAGGCCGCUACACAGGCGCGCGUUCGAACAUCAGAAAAUGUACACAACUAUGACUACGCGUCGCUUGGGUUGGAAAGAUUAGCUUUUUAUAAUCCCACUUGAGAAAAUAUUAGACUUUUGGAAAUCAGCACAUCACUUAUUCUUUAGAAAUUUAACAGAAUACAUAGUAUCGUCGAUUUGCCUCACUAAAAACCGGAUUUUUUUGUUUUGUUUUUUUUUUGGCAUCGAGCAGUAACGAACCUGUUUUUCAGACAAGAUGGAACUUUCUGUCGCUGCUGUGCUGUUGUCUCACUUAGCACCAGCUCUGGGAUCAGCUUUUGGCAGGGAAAUGCCAGCUUCCACAAUGGAUGAAAUUCAUGAGUAUGACAAGCCAUUUCAUUAUGAUUAUGAAUCUCUGAGGAUUGGUGGUAUGAUCUUCGCUGUCAUACUCUUCCUGAUGGGAAUCUUUCUCAUUAUCAGCCGGAAAUGUCGCUGCAAAGGGAACAAAUCAAAGCCAGUGGGACUUGAUGCAGAGGCAGCCAGAGGUGCAAAAUAAACAGAGGGGGGAAAACAGGAAGCAUGGGAUCCUAAGGAGAAAUCAAGUGGAGUGUCAAACCUUUUGUAGACUGCUAGCCAUUUGGAAGAAGGCCACCUGAGGAUUUAGUUCUUCACUAGUGUUCCCCACAAUUCUUUUUAAUUUUUUUGUAACAUCUUUGUUUCUUGCAUACAUGAAAGUAUGUGCUCUUUUUAAAAAUUGUAACUAUUGAUUCUCAGCUAGCACUACUUUGCCGUUAUGUUUAAUUCAGCAGCUGAUAUGUUUUGUUUAGAGAUUUUUACUUUUUACAGUUUUUGACAGUAUAUGCACACUUUCAUGUACUUUUCAGCUCUCAUUGAAGUUUAUGAGUAUGAGUAUACGUAUGUGCAAUGCUCACAGGCUGAAGAAAUUACUAGGCCUUUUAUACAUUUUGUAAAUUCUGUCACCUUUGCAGAAUUAACAAAUCAAACUGUAGAGUAUUGUAGUUUAAAUAAAGUGAUUUCAAUGGA